AUGGCCGCAUCUAUUCUGGAGGUAUGGAAUAUUCUUGAGGAAGCUCGCUAUGGUUCCAGUCCUCUUGCUAUGCUAACCGCUACCUGCAACAAGUUUGGCAGCACCAGCCCGGUGAGGGAUACAGCCACCCCGGGCAAGGCCGGCCCCGGCAGCACCGCUCCAGGCAAGAAGCAGUACACCAUGAGCUCAGAGCUCCAGGGACAGAGAAUCAGCAGAGGAGGAGAGAGCAUGGAGAACUCCUACACUGGUUCCUUCAGCUCAGCAGGGGGGUUACUCACACCCACUGGCAGCCCUCCUCCAUCCUCUGGGGGGUAUACGUCAGAGUACAACCCCUUCUCCCACUCCUUCCAGACCUCCAUGUCCCAGGGCCAGGACCAGUCUCUGCUGGUGUCCAAGGCCCACGCCACGGCCGACUGUCUGACCAGCGUCUACACCUCCCUGGACAUGACUCACCCCUACGGCUCCUGGUACAAGGCAGGCAUCCACCCCGGCAUCACCGCCGCGCCCUCCAACACCACUUCCUCCUGGUGGGACGUCCACCCCAAUACCAACUGGCUGAGUGCCCAGUCCGACGGCCUCCAGGGAUCCCUCCAACCCGUCCCUCCCCAAGCCUCCCUCAGCCCCCAGCUGCCCAGCUACACCUCUGACUUCACCUCUCUGAACCCAGCUCAGUACCCCUCGGUGGGCCUGGGAUCCACAUCACACCUCCUCCAGUCCUCCCAGCACAUGCUGCCUCAGGACAUGUACAAGCCCAAGCCGGUGUCUGGCGGGGGGCUGAUGGAGAGUCAGAUGGGCCUGAAGCCUGCUGGUGGAUCACGGGGGUACGGUGGAGGAACCACCACUGGCCGGUCCAACUGUGACUGUCCCAACUGUCAGGAGCUGGAGCGGCUUGGGGCCUCGGCUGCAUCCCUGCGGAAGAAGCCCGUUCAUAGCUGCCACAUCCCGGGGUGUGGGAAGGUGUACGGUAAGGCCUCGCAUCUCAAAGCCCACCUCCGCUGGCACACCGGGGAGAGACCUUUCGUCUGCAACUGGCUGUUCUGCGGGAAACGUUUCACACGUUCCGACGAACUGGAGAGGCAUGUCCGUACGCACACCCGAGAGAAGAAGUUCACCUGCCUGCUGUGUAACAAGAGAUUCACCCGCAGCGACCACCUCAGCAAGCACCAGAAGACCCACGCAGAGUCUGCCCUGCAGCAGGCCAAGACCGGGGAGGGAGAGGCUCAGGACCCCAGGAACAACGAUGAUACGGCAGACCCCAAUAACCUCAACACGGCCGUGCAGAAUAUCAACGUCCCCAGUGAGACGACUACCAACGGAGAGGAGAAGACUGGCUCAGCCAACGGGGUAGAGACGAGCAGUGGACUGCUGGAGAUUUAA